CUGGGUUAAGCAGUCUAAUGUGUCUAAAAACCUAGAAAAAUGUCUGCAAUUGUAAAUCUACGUGUUUUUCGCAAUUUCCAGCAGUUUGUGUCAUUCAGACCGAUUUCGAAUUAUCCCACUUCGUUGAAUAAAAACGCAGAAGUCCAAAAUGUUGAAGAUGAUGAUUUUCGAGCAUUGGAACUGCGUCCCAACAAAUCAAAUAAUAUGAGAGGAAACCGUCGAAAAACAGCCUACAAGAAAACACCAGUUCAUCCCCCACGCAGCAACAAAAUGCCUGUUGACCAAGAUUGGCCUUCUGUGUGGCCUGUUGCACGAGUAUUUCAUCCUGCCAGUGUUCCAUUGCCCUUGCAUCAAGGCUGGGUAGAGCCUGGGAUUACACCUCCUGGAAAAUUUGCCAAUGCAGAAUUGAUGAAGAUCCCCAACUUUCUUCACUUGACACCACCUGCCAUCGAAAGGCAGUGUGCUGCAUUGAAAAAAUUCUGCACGGAGUGGCCUAAGGAAUUGGAUACUGAUGAGAAGAUUGACCAUCAUUUUCCUAUACAAAUCACAACAAGCGAUUAUCUCCAUUCCUCCCCAACAAUCAGGGAUGCCCGAGCAAGAAUUGUCACACUACAAGUGAAACUUAGCACAUUGCAUCUCAACAGCCAUGCUAAGGAUAAACUACUUCGACUAGUCAAAGAACGUUACGAUCCCAUAACCGACAUCUUAACUAUAGUGUCAGAAAGAUGUCCUCUAAGAAAGCAGAACCUGGAUUAUGCGAUGUAUCUGCUGAACGUCCUCGUCAGCGAGUCUUGGAAAACAGAGCCGUGGGAGAACGAGAAAUCGGAAGCAGACAUGGAAAAAUACGUGUGGGAAGGAAGUCAGUCACAGCGUACAUUACAGCAGCUGUUAGAACGAAUGCCGGACAAAGCUCCCGUCCUGCCCGAAGACAUCGAACAGUACUCAACUAACGUUACGCGGUUCCAUAAUGAAGGUGAAACCACUGAAAAUGUAAACACAUACAAGGAAUCUGUUAAAAAGCUAUUGGGUUUGAAUGCCUGAUCCCUUUGAGUAGUGCUAACCAUCGAGUCGAAAUAAAAGUGUUUUUCACUCAAA